AUGUCCAACAAUAUUGAUGAUUUAUUUGAUGUUUUUGAAGAAAAUGAAAUACCAGAAAUUAUUUCAAUAAAAGAUGAAGAACAACAAGAAGAAAAAAAAAUCCAUAUCAUAAAAAAUGACAACGAAAUUAUAACUUCAACUAAUAAUAGUAAAAAUGAAGACGAAGAAGAAGAAACACAAAAACAUAUAAAUAAACAAAACAACAAUAUUAACAAUAUAGAUAAAGAUGAUGUAAAUAAAGAUAAUGUAGGAAAUCAUAAAAACGAAAAUCUUUAUAAAGAUAUAAAUAUUGAAAAUUAUAAAAUUAAUGUAGAAUAUUUAAUUAAGAAUAAAAAAGCCGAAGAAAAUAUAAAAAAACAAAUACAAGAAGAAAUAUAUAGUGAUAUACAAAAUUUUGAUAAAACAAAUAAAAAUGUAAACAAAAUAAGGAAAUUAUCCAUUCAAGAAAAUAAUAAUAUAAAUAAUAAUCAUAUGAACGGAAAAAAUAUUAAUAUUAAUAUUAAUAUUAAUAAUAAUAUGAAUGAAGAUAAUCUAACGGGGGAAGCAUACCCAAUCCAUGAUAGUAGUACUCAAGAAAAUAAUAAAAUAAGAAAUAAAUUAAUUGUAGAAGAAACGAUAAUUGAAAAUAGUAAGACUAUAAAUAAUGAUGAUGUUCUAGUAUUAGAAGAAUUUGGAGGGGAUGUUAAUUGUAUUCAUAAAUGUGUUAGACCUCAAAGUUAUGUACACAAUGAAAUUAAAGAACCUUUAAUUCCAGCUAGGACAUAUAAAUUUGAAUUAGAUACUUUUCAAAAAAAAUCUAUAGAAUGUCUAGAAAGAAAUGAAAGUGUAUUAGUAUCAGCUCAUACUUCAGCAGGAAAAACCGUAAUAGCAGAAUAUGCCAUUGCUUUAGGACUUCGAGAUAAACAAAGAGUUAUUUAUACUAGUCCAAUUAAAGCCUUAAGUAAUCAAAAAUAUAGAGAUUUAGGUGAAGAAUUUAAAGAUGUAGGGCUAAUAACAGGAGAUAUCUCUAUUAACCCUGAAGCCUCAAUUAUUGUUAUGACAACCGAAAUUUUAAGAUCAAUGUUAUAUCGUGGUUCCUCUUUAACAAAAGAAGUGAAAUGGGUUAUAUUUGAUGAAAUACAUUAUAUGAGAGAUAGAGAUAGAGGUGUUAUCUGGGAAGAGACUAUUAUUCUUUUACCUUUAAUGGUUAGAUUCAUUUUUUUAAGUGCAACCAUACCUAACGGUAUUCAAUUUGCUGAAUGGGUGAGUAGCAUUAAAAGUCAAGCUUGUCAUAUUGUGUAUACAGACUAUCGACCUACACCUUUACAACAUUAUAUAUAUCCAACAUCUAGUGAAAGUGUAUUUUUAAUAUGUGAUGAAAAUAAAGAUUUUAAAAAAGAUAAUUUUAUAAAGGCUGUGAAUGUAAUUAAAGAAAAAAUGAACACAUCAGAAGAGAAUCAUCACCAACAACAUAUAAAUAAAUAUACAAAAAAAAUGAGAAAAACAACAUAUGAUAUAGAAAAAAUUGUUCAAAUGUGUCAUUCUAGAAAUUAUACUCCUUUAAUUAUUUUUGCAUUUUCUAAAAAAGAAUGUGAAGUUAAUGCGACAGCUAUGCAUAAAAUAGAUUUAACCAGUGAUACAGAAAAAGAAGUUAUAAAAGAAUUAUAUGAAAAUGCUAUACGCAUAUUAGCAGAUGAUGAUAGAUCCCUUCCACAAGUUCAAUUUAUUUUACCUUUACUUUUAAGAGGUAUAGGUAUACAUCAUGGUGGGUUAUUACCUAUAAUUAAAGAAAUCAUAGAAAUUAUGUUUCAAGAAUCAUUAUUAAAAGUGUUAUUUAGUACUGAAACAUUUUCUAUGGGUAUUAAUAUGCCAGCAAAAACAGUUGUAUUUACAUCAUUAACAAAAUUUGAUGGAUUAGAAAAAAGAUUAAUAACAUCAGGAGAAUAUAUUCAAAUGGCAGGAAGAGCAGGAAGAAGAGGAUUAGAUGAUAGAGGUAUUGUUAUUAUUAUGUUAGAUACACCUUUACAUUGGAGAGAAGCUCAUAAAUUAUUUGUUGGAGAAGCUAAUAGAUUAGUUAGUCAAUUUCAUCUAGGUUAUAAUAUGAUCUUAAAUUUAUUACGAAUUGAAGGCAUUACUCCUGAAUUCAUGAUUGAAAGAUCGUUUAUACAAUAUCAAAUGAAAAAAAACCUUUCUCAAAAAAUACUAGCCAAAAAAAAAGUAGAAGAACAUAUUAAACAAAUUUUUAAUCAUUUAACAAAUAUUCAUUUAGACGAAAAUAAUAAUGAAAUUACUAAAGAUGAAUUACUUACAAAAAUUAUGUUUAAUAAUUAUGAGCAAAUUAAAAAUAAUCAAAACUUAGGUGCUUCAUCAGAAUUGAAAAUUAAAGAUACCUCUUCGAAUAAUGAAGUUAUCUUAAAUGCAGAUAAACACAAAGAAAUAAAAGAAGAAUUUAAAGAAGAAUAUACAAACUAUUCAUCAUACAGCACACAACAUUAUAAUGAAAACGUUAUUAAUAAAGAAUUAAUAAAUUAUAGCACGAUCUUUUCUUGUAUAUCUAAUUUUUACACAAUGAAACAAAAAUUAAUAGAUGUAGGAGAAACCUAUCGAUACAUAUUAACAAUGAAAAAACAUAUAACCCCAUAUUUAUCUCUAGGUAGACUAUUGUAUAUAAUUCAGGAGGAUUUACGUUGGGGCUGGUGCAUAUGUAUAGAAGGUCAACUUAUUGAACAUAAGAAAGCAAAUGACCAUCAAAAAAAUAAACACAACAGCAACAAUAAUAAUAUUAAUAACAACAAUUCUGGUGAUCAUAAUGAUUUAAAACAAGCUAAGAGCGAACAAGAAACAUUAUUUGUUGAAUGUCUUGUGCCUUGUAAUCAUAAUAUAAAAAGAAAACUAACCAUAAAUGAUGAUGACGAUGAUAAUAUAAAUCAUAAUAAUAAUAAUAAUUAUUCUUAUGGUGAAGAUAAUAUAAAUAAAACAUAUUAUGAUGAUAAAGAAUACCAACCAGCAAGUGAUAGAUCAAAAGCCAGAUGGAAAGUUAUAUCCUUUAAUAUUAAAUGUGUUUAUCAAUUAUCUGCUGUUGUCCUAAGUAUAGAUAAACCAUUUGAUAAAAAGAAUGAAGAACAAAUUGAAAAUAUUAAAACCAAAUAUAAUACUAUGGUAACUUGCUUAAAAGGAGAAAAAAAUAUUCCAGUUAUAAAUCCUAAUCAAAUGGGAAUAAAAAAUGAAACUUUUAUUUCUAUUGUAAAAAAUUUAAAAUUUCAUGAAAAUAUUAUAAAUAAAAAUAAACUAUUAAAUAAUAAAAACUUGAACAAAUAUUACCAAAUGUAUAGUAAAUAUGUAGCUCUACAAUGUGAAAAAAAUGUAUUAGAAAGUAAUAUAGAAAAAUGUAGAUUUAUAGUUCUCAAAAAAGAACUGAAAAAUAUGCUAGUACUUUUAGAAAGCUUAAAUUAUAUUGAAGUAUCAUAUAAUUUAGAAAAUCUUAAAAAUGAAAAAGAUAUAAAAACUAUUGAAAAUUCAAUAACAGAACAUAUAAAAAAGGAACGAAUUAUGAAUAUUAAAAAUGAAACAUCCAAAAAUAAUCAUGAAGAAAAAAAUUAUGUUGUUACUAUGAAAGGACAAAUAGCAAGUGCAAUUUUAAGUGUAGAUGAAUUAGUAAUAUCAGAAUUAUUUUUUUCAAAUUUUUUUAGUAAAUAUAAUUAUGAUUAUAUAUGUGCAUUCUUAUCAUGUUUUGUAUAUGAUGAAUCCACAAGUAAAGAAAUUACAAUUAAUGAUCCAAUAUUAGUAGAAGGAUAUCAGCAAAUUAUUAAAACAGCAAAUCAUGUAGCAACGAAAAUGAAUGAGUGUGGAAUGAACAUAAAUCUAAAGGAUUAUAUCGACAAAUUUAAAUCAGCAAUUAUGCCCAUAGCUUUAUUAUGGGCACGUGGACACUCAUUUGUUGAAAUAUUGUCAGAUUCGCAAAUAUAUGAAGGGUCUAUAAUAAGAACCCUAAGACGAUUAGAUGAACUUAUAAGGCAAAUGAUUUGUGCAUUUAGAGGUAUUAAUAAUGAUAGCAUGUGUGAAACAUUAACAUUAGCUACUAAUAAAUUAAGACGUGGUAUACCUUUUUCCCCAUCUUUAUAUUUAUAA